AUGAGUCGCAGAAGUGGAAGCGGUCCAAAGCUGGAAUUGAAGCUGAACCUGUCACCACCUAGACCCAACCCACGGGUGGAGUCGCCGAGCCGCUCGGCCACGGUGUCACCGACAUCCCCACCAAGCUCGUGCGUGUCAUCGGAGCUCAACCAGGAUGAGUCUCUCCGAUACCCCAACAGCCCUGAGGCGACGUCCAUGGUGCUAGUGGGUUGUCCACGAUGCCUCAUGUACGUGAUGCUGUCGGAGGACGAUCCCAAAUGCCCCAAGUGCAAGAGCACCGUUUUGCUGGACUUUCUUCAGGACGCCAGCAGCUCCAACAUGAAGACAGGGAAGAGUUAA